GGCGCCCAAAAAAAAAAAAAAAAAAACCUCUCCCUGUAGUCUCGCCCUUCCUUUUCCGCUUGCUUGACAACCCCUUCCUCUUCUCUCUUCCCCCCUCCCUCGGAGAGGCGUCGACCCGCGAAUCCGAAACCCCCCUCGCCCGCCGCCCGAAAUCACCGAUAAAUCGCCGAAACCCGCUACCGAUUACCCCCUUCCUUGCCCCACUCCUCCGCCGAUUCGCCUCAGGAGCAAAAACAAAUUGGGAAAAAGAAUUAAAAAUUUCAAAAAAAAAUCGAAUAUUUUCUCUCCCUUGUCCCCUUCCCACUCUCCACCACCGCCUGUCCCCCGGCGCACGCUUGCGAACCUGCAGCACGCCGCCUCCUAUUUAGACCGUCUCUUCUCAUCGAUUCUCAGAGGUACGUCUCUUCUCCGCCGAAUCCGCUCUUGUUUCCGUUUUUACUUUUUUAACUUUUUACCGGGGGGUCGCCAUACCGAGAUCUCAGCAGAUGGAGCCUUCUUUUUCCCUCCGAAAAGAAAGAAUGAUAUACACUGCGAUCGAUACCUUCUACCUCACCGAUGAACAGUUGAACAAAUCCCCAUCGAGGAAGGAUGGGAUUGAUGAGGCUACGGAGACCACUCUUCGGAUAUAUGGAUGUGAUCUCAUACAAGAGAGUGGCAUUCUACUCAGAUUACCACAAGCAGUAAUGGCCACGGGGCAGGUUUUAUUCCAUCGGUUUUACUGCAAGAAGUCUUUUGCUCGCUUCAGUGUUAAAAGAGUUGCAGCGAGCUGUGUUUGGCUGGCUUCGAAAUUGGAGGAGAGCCCGAGAAAAGCAAAGCAUGUGCUUAUUGUCUUUCAUAGAAUGGAAUGCAGAAGGGAAAAUUUGCCGAUAGAGCAUUUGGAUGUCUCCUCUAAGAAAUAUGCAGACUUGAAGAAUGACUUGAUCAAGACAGAGCGGCAUUUGUUAAAGGAAAUGGGUUUCAUAUGUCAUGUUGAACACCCUCACAAGUUUAUAUCAAACUACCUUGCGACGCUUGGAGCCCCUCCUGAAUUGAGGCAGGAAGCUUGGAAUCUAGCCAAUGAUAGUUUGCGCACAACCCUAUGUGUUCGGUUCAAGAGUGAGGUCGUAGCAUGUGGAGUUGUAUAUGCAGCAGCUCGCCGGUUCCAGGUCCCCCUUCCUGAAAACCCGCCUUGGUGGUUAGUCUUCGAUGCAGAUCAGGCUGGGAUUGAGGAAGUUUGUAGGGUUCUUUCACACCUCUAUACUCUUCCCAAGGCACAGUAUAUUCCAGUUUAUAAAGAUAAUGAUUCUUUCACUUCGAGAAAUAAGACUCCAGACCCUCAAGCUCAAUUUCGAAAGGAAAGUCCGAUUAAUGGUAACAUUAAUGAUACCGGUACUCCCAAGGCGAAUCCAGAUGCUAGUUCAUCCAAGGAUGCAUUGAUUAAAGCAGCCCUAGACAAAUUGAAGGAAUCUAAGAAAACUGAUGAUGAUGCUAAAUCUGUUGCUGCUGAAGUGGAUGCUAAAGAAGAUCCCGUGGAGAAAGUGAAGGAUGAGAACAAAUCAGAUGCCAACCUUGAAAGGAAUCGGGACAGAGAAAGAGAAAGGUCGAAGGCUAGGGACCGUGAUAACAGGGGAAGAGACUCUGAUCGUGAUAGUAGGGGUAGAGACUCUGACAGGGAUAGGGAGCGGGAGAAAGAGCUAGAACGGGAAAGAGAUAAAGAACGUAGACACCGUUCCAAGGACAAGGGCUCAGGACAUUCAGAAAAAUCAAGGCGUCAUUCAUCACGAGAUCGCAGUGAAUACCAUAGCUCGCACUCAUCUCGUGAGAAAGAUCGCCACAGACACCACCCAUAUAGUUGAAGAAGAAUUUCUGUUGUGCCUUAAAAAUGUUGGCAAGUGAUUGUAUCGUUAAGUCCAUGGCACCGUGUGAUAACUGUAUCUCCAUUUGUUAGCAGAAGAUUUACUUUGAUUACAGGAGCAGCUUCAGUUCACUGAGAAGCUGAUAGAAUACUAAGAAUAUGGUAGUGGGCUACUGAGUAUCUCAGAUUACGUGAAAACAUUUGUUCUUAGGCAUGCUUGUUAUCAAACCAAUCUAGAGAAUUAGCCUGCAACUCUUUUAGAAAAUUUUCUUAUUAUGUUUUGAAAAUA